UCCGCAGAGCACCGCCCCUCCCGGCGCCCUAGCCCUAGCCCCGCCCCGCCCCGCCGGGUUCCCGCUCACCGGGCGCCAUGGAUCCGCUGUCGCCGCCGCUCUGCACGCUGCCGCCGGGCCCCGAGCCGCCCCGCUUCGUGUGCUACUGCGAAGGGGAAGGAAGCGGGGAGGGGGACGGUGGCGGCUUCAACCUCUACGUGACCGACGCCGCGGAGCUUUGGAGCACCUGCUUCACGCCGGACAGCCUGGCGGCCCUCAAAGCCCGUUUUGGUCUGAGUGCGGCUGAGGACAUCACCCCCCGGUUCAGGGCAGCCUGUGAGCAGCAAGCUGUGGCUCUCAUCCUGCAGGAGGACAGAGCAUCCCUGACCCUUUCAGGGGGCCCCUCGGCACUGGCCUUUGACCUCUCCAAGGUACCCGGCCCAGAGGCAGCCUCCAGACUGCAGGCGCUGACACUGGGCCUGGCAAAACGCGUGUGGAGCCUGGAGCGGCGACUGGCAGAAGAGACAGCUGCCAGCCCCAGAAAGAGUCCCCGGCCUGCAGGGCCUCAGCUCUUCUUACCAGACCCAGAUCCCCAGAGAGGUGGCCCUGGACCUGGGGUCAGGAGGCGGUGUCCAGGAGAGUCGCUCAUCAACCCUGGGUUCAAGAGUAAGAAACCAGCUGGUGGCGUGGACUUUGAUGAGACCUGAAGGUGCAGCAUGAGUGUGGCCCCACGGGGAGUCUGCCUGUGAGGGGACAGGCAGUCUUCGAGGCCCUCAUCAGAGACCCCCCCCCACACCACCACCUCCACCUGCCUGUCCUGGGCCAGGACUAAGGCGUCUCCUCAAGUUCCUUCCCUGUCAAAUAAACCGCUCCCUCUGUUGGAGGCUCUGGUGGG